AUGGGGUUAUACCAACGUAGAUUUGAAGAUAAACUCACUUCUCCUGUGAUAUUUGAUGGGGAUCUCAAGAUUUUUUUGAGGAUAACAAAGCUCUGUGUCUUGACGCGACACGUUUUGAUGCCUAGAUGCAAACUUGAUCGAGAUCCCACUUGCAUUCUUCACAACAAGAGACAUCAGCGCAGCGCAGAAGACGGAUUAGGUGUAGCGAAAUCACCAGAAACCGAACAAAAACAUCGUAACCAAGAAUGUUUAUGCCUUUUGCAGCAAUGGAAUCUGAUAGUUCCACUACAAUCACAACCACAUCCUAAAAUCAGACAAGGGGGUCAAGGCCUCGCAGUCGUUUGCAUCGCCGAUCCUCACCCUCCCUCGCAGCUUCUGGCUAUUGAACUAGCUCUAUCCUUUGGUUGGGAACUCCUUGGAGCCUGGCCCUUGGGAGUUGCUUGCAGAGGUCACAGAGGCCAAACCUGCAGCCAGGGCCGCUACAGAGAUGGCAGAAUGCAGAUUAAAAGACAAGAUUCUAGAUUCGGAGUAUGCGGUCCUGACUCCUCGAGACCUCUCGAGGCUAUUGGAAGAAGUAGAUUAUGGACAAAUAGGAAUCAUCACGCAGAUAUAUCUCUAGUCCGAAUCUCUGAAAGGGCUAUGACUGCUUUUGUAUCGGUUGUGAGAGGAUGCAAGAACAUGUGUGUGCUUUCUGCAUUGUUCCUUUUACUAGAGGAAGUGAGCGGUCAGUGUGAAAGAGGUUAA